UCAGGGCGGACACACCUUUCCUGUGUUUGGAGAGACGCACACUCCUUGUCUCUGCUCGCGAGGAAAGAAGAGGUCUGCUGAGGAACUUGUGUGUCUGACACCAGAAGCCGAGAUGCCCGAAAAAGCCGAGCUUGUUUCAGCAACUCUCACCACCAACAGAAACUGCACCGUUGAAAUCUCAAAUUUCACCGGCCAGUAUUGCCUCAUCAAUCCCAAGGUCUACAUGUCCAGCGGCUUCAGUCAGCACCCUCCUCAGCCCACCGUGCGUCCCAGCCGCUCCGAAGUGUGCUCCUUCACCAAGGAUGACAACACCGCCACCGGCGCUGUCGGCUUGAUGACCUACGACCUGUUCCACACCCAGUCUCGCGUGUGCUCUGAACGCUUGGCCAUCAUGUUCUCCGUGCCUUUUGACCAGAAUUUGUACAAGAACCGUCUGGCCAUCGGGCUGUUCGACCAGGCGUCCGGUAACUGCGACAAAAAAAUGUACGAAAACAUGUACGACGGCAAAGAAAAGGUCAAGUUUGUGAGAGCAGACGGGAAUGGCUCCGGGUUGGAAUGCCAGUCUCAAUACCUAGACGUGAGAGGAACCAUGUCCAGCAUUGGGAAGGCCAUUGUCAAAGUGGAGCUCUACGAUAAAAUGAUCCGUUAAUAUAGCACAGUUGUGUCUUUAGAAAGAUUGACUUGCUGACUUGACAUGUAAAACCAAAUCUCAUAAAUCCUCCACCAUGUUGUGUUCAUUCUUCUUCAUUCUGACUACACAAGUAAAAGUAUGAAAAUAAACAUAAAAACA